CGCGCUUGCUGGCGUUCUGUGGGUUUCUUUCACCCUCCGUCCGAGUGUGACGAGCCGGGGCCCGGAGGGGUCUAUUGCGCAAGCCCAGGGCGCCUGGCGGCGGUCGGGGAGAAGCUUGGGUCGCGCGCCGGAGACUAUGAGGCGCGGCGUUCGGCGGGCUCCUUCCCGGAAGCGGAAGCUCGGGGGGCGGGCCGAGGGCUGCCGGGAGUCCGUGGCGGUUAAUUCCUUUUACCGUGCGGCUUUGCUUCACUCGGUGUGGAGGUUUCUGAAGCUGCGGGAGAUGGUCAGGUCCGGAUCUCGGCCGGGCCAGGUGAGGUCUGCAUCUCGGCCGGGCCAGGUAUUAUCUUCAGGAAAGCACACUGGACCUGCUAAAUUAAGAAAUGGAAAGAAAGGGACGCAUUUGAGAAAGAUAUCCCAUUUCAAUGCAGAUUCUGGCUAUCCCACUCAUUCUGAUUCAGAAAGUCAGACUGAAACUGUACAGGGGCUUGAUGGUUGUGCUUCUUUGCUGCGGGACAUUUUGAGAAAUGAAGAUUCAGGUUCAGAAAUAGCAUAUUCAGAAAAUAGAUAUGACCCCAGACCUGUAGAAAGCAAAAGACAUGGAUCUAAAAAGAAAGGACAUGAAAAACAUACUGUGCCUUCUGUAGUCCGGAAGGAAAUUUUAUCUUCAGAUAAUAAGAAGCAGAUACCUAAUAAUGCUUCUGCUGGAAGUGAAAGAGACUCAUCAGAUAUACCACAGAAUUGGUCACUACAAGAUCAUUAUAGAAUAUAUUCACCCAUAAUAUACCAAGCCCUCUGUGAGCAUGUGCAGACUCAAAUGUCACUGUUGAAUAACUUGGCUUCAAAGAACAUCCCUAAUGGAAUUCCUGCUGCACCUUGCCGCACUGUAUCUGGCUCUGGAUCUCAGGCAUCUCCACGUUCUAGUUAUGGCUUACCUACUUCUACCCCAGCCCAGUCACCUCAGCAGCCACCCUGCCCUCCAAUGGUUCAUUCUGAAGUUCAGACUGAUGGUGACACCCAGUUUGCAUCACAAGGUAGAACAACAAUUCCUGUGAACUGUACUGAUGAUGUUCUAAGGAAUUCCUUCAGUACUAGUCUUGGAGUUCCAUGUAGCCUGCCCCAAACUGACAAUCCAGCUGCCCCAACAUUUCAGCCGCCGGGUCUUGCUAAUGGAAUUCUGCCGCAACAAAGAGUUCCUAAGGAACCGGACCUACUAAAAUGUUUCCAAACAUAUGUGAAACUGUUGCAUUCUCAUCUGGACAGUCCGACUUGCUGCAGCGCCACCGUAUCACAGCCAGCUUUCUUGGCUACUCAUGAAGAAAAAUGUGCGAAAGAACAAAUUGGAGAGGUCAGAAGUGAAGGAAAGGAUUUAAGCAUACCUGUGCGAGAUUCAAGAAUAAAGGAUGUGCAGAUGGCAAAAAAUGUGAACCAGAGCACUGAAAAAGUUAGAACUAUCAAGUAUUUGUUGAGAGAGCUUAAGGCCCUGGUAGCAGAACAAGAAGAUUCAGAAAUUCAGAGGUUGAUUGCAGAACUGGAGUUGUGUAUAUCUCUGCUUCCAACAGUAAGUGGAAACACAAAUGUGCAGGUUGAAAUAGCACUGGCCAUGCAACCACUAAGAAGUGAAAAUGCUCAUUUACGCAGGCAGUUGAGAAUUUUGAACCAGCAACUUAGAGAACGAGAGAAAACUCGAAAGGCAUCUGGUUCUCUGGAAUGCAACCUUGAAUUGUUUUCUCUUCAAUCAUUGAAUAAGUCACUGCAAAAUCAAUUACAGGAGUCACUAAAGAGCCAAGAAUUACUACAGAGUAAAAAUGAAGAGCUUUUAAAAGUGAUAGAAAGUCAGAAAGAUGAAAACAAAAAAUUUGCUGAUAUAUUUAAAGAGAAAGAUCAAACUUUACUUGAAAAUAAACAGCAAUUUGACAUCGAGACAACAAGAAUGAAAAUUGAAUUGGAGGAAGCCUUAGUCAAUGUGAAAAGCUCCCGGUUUAAGUUAGAAGCCGCAGAAAAGGAAAAUCAGAUAUUGGGAAUAACAUUACGUCAGCGUGAUGCCGAGGUGGCUCGACUAAGAGAAUUAACCAGAACUUUGCAGAGCAGUAUGGCAAAGCUCCUCUCAGAUCUUAGUAUGGACACUGCCCGCUGCAAGCCUGGGAGUAAUCUCACCACGUCGCUUCUGAACAUUUAUGAAAAACAGCCUCAGCAUGACCCCAUCCCUGCUCACACUUCCAUAAUGAGUUACCUAAAUAAGUUAGAGACAGACUACACUGUUAUUACACAUUCAGAGCCACUCUCUGCAGUUAACAAGGAGGAAAACACAGUGCCAGAUAGACCCUAUGAAAACGUUCUGCCCUCCAAAGGCCCUCAACAUAGUAACACUAGGAGCAUGGAGGAAGUAUCAGCCCCUGGAAUCACUUCUGCCCUUUCAAAACAGGAUUCUGAUGAGGAGAGUGAAAUUACGACUUUAAUAGAAGAGGAGUGUAAUUUAGAUAAGACAAUUUACAUUCCUUUUGCUAGAAGCACUUCUAAAAAGAAAUCACCACUCUCUGAGAGAUUAUCCCCCCAGCCACAGGUCAGUGUAGCUCCACCGCAGCUGGUCAGUGGACUCAUUGCUGAAAAAGAAGAUAAAUUGUGUGCACCUGGAGUUUGUUCCACUUCCAGAAAGGAAGAAGACGCACCUGAGAAACUUUCCUGUACAGCUGACAUGGAGGACAAGCAACUCCUCAAGAAAAUAAAGGAAGCCAUUUGCAGGAUCCCUCCGGCCGCUGAGGGGCCAGAGGAAUUGGCUGCGUGUCACGGCCCCUCCACUUGUCAGAGCAACAGCAUUCAAGUGAAAAGUAGUGCAGUCUCUGAUGGUAGCUUUUUAAAUUCUGACUUAACCUCUGACUGGAGCAUCUCUUCUUUUUCAACAUUCACUUCUCGUGAUGAGCAAGACUUCCGAAAUGGCCUUGCAGCACUGGACGCCAACAUUGCUAGACUCCAGAAGUCCUUAAGGACUGGUCUUCUGGAUUAGUAAACUCAGAAAAAAAGAAAAGUUGUUUUUAAGAAUAGAACUUGGCUACAUUGAAUGUAUAUUUUAAAUUUCUUUAGAGAAAAGUUUUAUAUUAAUUAUGUAUGAAAUAAUAAAUUGUAUGAAUAGUAGAAUUUUAUUGGAAUAUAUUGGCACUGGAGCUUAAAAAACAAGUCGUCCUAAGAAAUUUGACAUUUGCUAAGAGAAGAAGGUUGUGUGUAACUAGGAAAAUACUGUAUUAUAAAUAGUAUUUAGUAUUUAGCAAUUAGAGUUUGUUGUUACUCUGCUGGGCUAAGGGUGCAGGUUGGAAGGAUUCUCUGGUGGUUCUAAAGGGUAAUGGGAAGGGAGUCUCUGGGUACAAUUUACUAUAUUAAAACUAGAGUUUCUUUUCUCUUUCAGGCUUCCUGUUUGUUUUUUAAUGGCAUUGUGUUUUUAUGUGGGAUGCUCUAUGCUACAGGC